AGGGUCACUUUGACUCGAACCCUCUGGGAGUGUGAGUGUGUCUGUGUUCAUUCACGUGAAAAGAAAACCCCCCCACUUUCCGCCCCUUUCUCGACACGGAGGCCUAUGCAAGCAAGCUUUCCCCCCACCAAACGACACCGAGACCGUUUUAUCUUUCCAACUCGCAACAGUAGUCUCCCCCUCCUCCCUCUCUCUUUUCAGUUCAGCGCUUUUUUUUCUUCCUACCGUGAAGUGAACUGCCGCCAUGUUCUUCUGAGCCAGUAUGACAGUCAGACGGGAGGAAGAGAGACAGGGACAUAGUCUGUGACUAAAACGACGGUUUAACUCAGCUUUUCGGAGUAUGAGAGAGAUAUUUUAACGCAACUGAACGUUUAGAACGGUGGAAGUUUUCCGUAAAAAUUUUUUUUUUGCAACAGAAGAGCCGUUCGGAUUUACAGAGAAAUCGGCGUGUCCGGAUGUUACAGCGCGAUAUAUUUUAUUUUCCUAUGGCGUAGGCACCUUUAUAUAAAGGCUGCUCUUUUUACACAUUUGGGGGUCGGAGGGUCGCCUCCGGUCGAAUCUAUAAGCACAUCCUAGUCUGUUUUUAAAAACCUGUUUUUUAACCGAAAAAAUACACGGAGUAAAUGUCUAAUUUGUGUGAAAUAGAAGAAAAACACAUUCCAACAUUCGUUCGUGACUCUGAAAGGAUGACUAUCGAUACUAACGGGAUUUAAUUGGUGUUUUGGACGUUUAAUUGAUUAUCAAAGACUCAUCAUUUGCCGUCUACGAGAUAUUAAAGACGACGAUAGGGGAAAUACUAUUAUUUCCUUCCUUGAAGCCCUACGGUGAGCGGAUUCCAAAGAUGACGGGCUCUACCCCGGCAGACAUGAUUAACCUGCGUCUCAUCCUGGUCAGUGGGAAGACGAAAGAGUUCCUGUUUUCUCCCAAUGACUCGGCCGCAGACAUUGCCAAACACGUCUACGAUAACUGGCCAAUGGACUGGGAGGAGGAACAGGUCAGCAGUCCUAACAUCCUGAGGCUCAUCUACCAGGGUCGCUUUCUACAUGGAAACGUCACGCUAGGAGCUCUCAAACUGCCUCUGGGGAAAACCACAGUGAUGCAUUUAGUUGCCAGAGAGACGUUGCCUGAGCCAAACUCCCAAGGUCAGAGGAACAGAGAGAAAACUGGAGAGAGUAACUGCUGUGUCAUCCUGUAAAUACCCACAUCCAUCCCUCCCUCCCACACCCACCGCCAUCCCUCCCUCACCCACCCACCCACCUCCAUCCAUCCCACACCCACCCACCCACCUCCAUCCCUCCCUCACCCACCCACCUCCGUCCAUCCCACACCCACCCACCUCCAUCCAUCCCACACCCACCCACCUCCAUCCAUCCCACACCCACCCACCCACCUCCAUCCCUCCCUCACCCACCCACCCACCUCCAUCCCUCCCUCCCACACCCCCCUCCCUCCCUCCCACACCCCCCUCCCUCACCCACCCACCUUCAUCCCUCCCUCCCUCACACACCCACCUUCAUCCCUCUCUCCAUCGCCCCUAUCUUGGAUCCAACCAACACACUGUCCUGUCCUGCAGUCUCUCUAGAAUUCUGCUGCUGCACACACACACACACACACACACACACACACACACACACACACACACACACACACACACACACACACACACACACACACACAAAACAUUGUGUUCCUCAUAGCAAUACAGUGCACUUGCUCAUAAACUGUGUGUGUGGGCCGGUCUCUCUCACUCAGACUUAACCACUAAAUAAACCCACGCUCCCAUCUGCCCCCCCCCAACACACACACCCCCGUUGACCACCCACUUAUCUAGAUGUGCUGUCUGUCUCCCAUAGUGCAGCAAAGCAUUGACGUGCCUGAUCAGAACACACACACACACGCCUGUGUCCAUUUUACCUCCCCCUCUAUCACUUGUGUAUAUGCCCUUAAAUCUUACACUAGUGCAUUGACAGACCAAUACAGUCUUUUAUUCACUCAUGAUGGUUCUAGCCAAUUACUAACAAACACACAAACAAACUGUGUUAUUUGACCGUAAUAUCAUGUUGUUGACUGUGUUUUGACAGUCGGUCCUCUCCUCCUUUCUGACCAGUCAGUGUUUUAGAUCAUUCCUCUGUCAGAACCCUCAUCCCCCCCUUUUCACCUGAACGAGGAGAAAGAAACUGAACAAGGGGAAGAAAGACAGACAGAUCUCCCUUCUUCCCCGUUCCUCCUCACCAGAAAGACAGACAGAUCUCCCUUCUUCCCCGUUCCUCCUCACCAGAAAGACAGACAGAUCUCCCUUCUUCCCCGUUCCUCCUCACCAGAAAGACAGACAGAUCUCCCUUCUUCCCCGUUCCUCCUCACCAGAAAGACAGACAGAACUCCCUCCCCACCAGAAAGACAGACAAAUUUCCCUUAUUCCCCGUUCCUCCUCACCAGAAAGACAGACAGAUCUGUUGAAUAGUGUUGUGAUGGGUCGGGUCUGCUUGCCAAUCCAAGCCAAGGGGAAGAACCAAUCUGGAAUUAAGUGUUAUUUUCUUUCAAAUCUCUUUCUUCUUCACUUAAAGAAAGAUAAAGGCUUGGAUUUUUUGCACAACAAUGAACGCAUGUGCCCCCCCCCAGCCCCCACCACCACCGAACGACCUGUAAAAAGAGUUUCUUAUUUUACUUAGUAUUUUUCCAAUGGGAAUAAUAUUUUAAAAAAAUAAACUAAGGUAACAUAUGUGUAGAAUAUAUUGAAUAUAAAUAUUCUCUAGAACAUGAUGAUGCCUCUAGAUCCUGUUGAUGCCAGUAUAUUGAUGUUUUUAGUGUCUCUGUGUGCACCAUCAUUAACUAGCUAGCUUCCUAGACAGAAGUUCAAACUGUCACCUUGCUGAUGACGCUACAGUACGUCCCAAAGGACACCCUAUUUCAGAUCUAGUGUGAUACUUUUGACCAAGGCCAAUAGGACCUGCGAAAGACUAGCGCGGGAGGUGUACUUGUACAUCAAGCUGCCUUCAGCUAAAGAAACAGGAGAUGGGCUCCUGCUCAGACAAGGCUACUUACUUAUGCAGGGUCCUGGUCCAAAGUAGUGCACUAUAUAGGGAAUAGGGCCCUGGUCCAAAGUAGUGCACUAUAUAAGGAAUAGGGCCCUGGUCCAAAGUAGUGCACUAUAUAAGGAAUAGGGCCCUGGUCCAAAGUAGUGCACUAUAUAGGGAAUAGGGCCCUGGUCCAAAGUAGUGCACUAUAUAGGGAAUAGGGCCCUGGUCCAAAGUAGUGCACUAUAUAGGGAAUAGGGCCCUGGUCCAAAGUAGUGCACUAUAUAGGGAAUAGGGCCCUGGUCCAAAGUAGUGCACUAUAUAGGGAAUAGGGCCCUGGUCCAAAGUAGUGCACUAUAUAGUGUGCCAUUUAGGGCAUAGUCAACUUGUUGUCCUUUAAGCAGCACAACAGAACUAUUUGAAACAGUUUUUUUAAAUGUACUUUUAUUUUCUGUAUUUCUAUUUCAACUGUUCAUAGUUUAAUAUAAUCCUUUUUUUCUUUCUCUCUCUGUGUGUUUUAUUUUGCUUUGUAACAGCACUAGGUCUUAAAGGUUCUGUCCCAAAUGGCACCUUAUUCCCUAUAUGUUGUACUUCUUUUGACCAGGGCCCAUAAAUAAGGCUCUGGGCCAAGAGGUAGUUCACUACGAAAGGAAAUAGGAGGCUAUUUGGGAUGUAGCCAAAUAUUAUAGUUUAUAUUGCUCAGUGAUCAGGGUUUCAGGCUGUACAGUGAUAAUAUUGAAAAGCAUUUUCUAAAUGAUUGUAAAUAGCACUAAUCUAAUGCUUAUCCCCUAUACCCCUCUUCCAAACUUCAAAUGGAAUAAAUCCAUCUGUCAACUAAAUAAAGAUUAUUGAAGUGCUGCCAUUGAUUUAUGACUUGAUCCAUCUAUUAACUAAAUAUAGAUUAUUGAAAUGCAGCCAUUGACUUAUGUGAUCAUUACUCUCAUUAAACAAUCAUUAUUA